UCUGCUACAUUGCGCGUCACGUGGUUAUGGUUAGGACAGAGUAUGUCACAACAGGAUGAACAAUUGCAUGCCCUCCUCAGUGAUAAUCAUGAACAGUAUCCUGAACGACAAAAUAGUUUUCCGCUUAAUCCAUCUCAGCCACCACUUCACCAUUUUUCAGGUUCAGCAAAGAUGUCUGAGUUAAAAAAGAAUCCAAACACUCAGACGUGUGACUUUGGUGGUCUCCUGGAGGCGAGAGAUGUGGCGCUCAUAACUUUGGUAGUGGGAGAAACACAGCUGGUGGUACACAGGUCUGUCUUGGUGGCCAAAAGCCCAGUGUUCGCUGCAAUGCUGACCCACGACACAGUGGAGGCCAGCAGCAGUCGCAUCAUCGUCACAGAUGUUGAACCAAAGGUGCUGCAGCAGCUGCUUCUGUUUAUGUACAAGGACUGUGUUCCUCAGCUUUGCAGUAUGGCAACACAGCUCUUGGUGGUCGCAGACAAAUAUUGCGUUCUCGACUUGAAGGCACAGUGCGAACUACAGCUGGUCAUAGAUCUGGCCGUGGAGAAUGUCGUGUCGAGUGCGUUGCUCGCAUUGCGCCAUUCCUGCCCACGUUUGAAGGAAACUGCUGGGCACUUCCUCGAGGCUAACCUCACCAGGGUGAUGGACACAGAAGGAUGGGCAGAGGCAGUACGAAACAACCCAGAAGAAUUCAUGGAACUCAAUCGCCUGCUCGCUUCGACCAGUAACAUUUGUCAGGAGGAGAUGGACAGAAAACUACUCCUGGCAGUUGAAAACAAGAGGCUAAAGGAGGUCGAAGAUCUGCUAGCCACAGGAGCAUACGUGGGGGCACGGGAUGCGAGCGGGAGGAGUACCCUGCACAGUGCAGCUACCACGGAAAUUGCAUCGUGCCUGCUGGAGGCCGGUGCGCUUGUCAGUGCGAGGGACAAGUGGCACCGUACGCCUCUGCAUGCAGCCGUACAGAGGGGCAACACAGAUGUGGCUCGUCAGCUGGUGGGGGCCUCUGGUAAUGUGAAUGCUGCCGACUUGUACGGGGACACGCCACUGCACUUGGCGGCACAAUUGGGCAACUACGAUGCGGUAAAGGUACUGCUGACUGUGGGUGCAGAUAAGGGUGCUAGAAACAAUUUGGGUGAGACACCCUCGGAUGUGGCUGACCGUUAUAAAAAUGAGAGUCUAAUGGCCAUGCUCAGUGUUUCAGGUUCAGCCAAGAUGUUGGAGAUAAAUGGGAAUUCGAAAACCUCAGCAUGUGACUUCAGUGCUCUCCUAGAAGCCAGGGAUGUCGCACUCGUAACAUUGGUGGCGGGAGAAACACAGCUGGCAGUACACAGGUCUGUCUUGGUGGCCAAAAGCCCAGUGUUGGCUGCAAUGCUCGCUCACAACGAGAUGGAGACCGGCAACUGUCGCAUUGUAGUCACAGAUGUUGAGCUGAAGGUGCUGCAGCAGCUGCUGCUGUUUAUGUACAAGGAUAGCACUCCGCAGCUCUGCAGUAUGGCGCCACAGCUCUUGGUGGCUGCAGACAAGUAUUGCAUUCUCGACUUGAAGGGACAGUGCGAACUGCAGCUGGUCGAAGAUCUGUCUGUGGAAAACGUCGUGUCGACUGCAUUGCUCGCAUUGCGCCACUCCUGCCCACAUUUGAAGGAAACUGCUGGGUGUUUCCUCAAGGCUAAUCUUGCCAAGGUGAUGGGCACUGGAGGAUGGGCGGAGGCAGUGCGAAACAAUGCUGAAGAAUUCGUGGAACUCAGUCACUUGCUUGCAACAACCAGGAGUGCUUCUCAGAAGGAAAUGGACAGACAGCUGCUUGAGGCGGCUGAAUCCAGAAGGAGUUUGAAUCGCCUCCUAGCCACAGGGGCAUACGUGGGGGCACGAGACAGGAGGGGGAGGACUGCCCUUCAUUUUGUUGCAGACUACAUGUGUGACAAGGACGACAUAAAGUUGCUGCUGGGAGCUGGAGCAGAUGUGGAGGCACGGGAUUCGAAUGGUAGGACUGUGCUGCACUAUGCAGCUGCAGCUACCUCUUCAUACAAGCAAAGCAGAGAGUGUCUGCGUCAGGCUGGUGCGCGAGUGGAUGCGAGGGACAGGUGGCUCCAAAUACCUCUGCAUUGUGCCGUGCAGGCUGACAAUCUGGAAACUGUUAAGGAGCUUUUGGCAGCCUCCAGUGACGUGAACGCUGCUGAUGUAUAUGGGAACACACCACUACACCUGGCGGCACAGAGGGGCAACGCAAAUGUGGUAAAGGCACUGUUGGACCUGAGAGCAGAAAAGGAUGCCAAGAACAGCUUGAGAGAGACACCUCUGGAUGUGGCCAAGAAGUGUAAUAAUAAUCAGCUGUUAGCCAUUCUUAGGUUUGUGGAUCUGAAAAGUUUUCCUCUUAAAGUGCCUAAAAAGAUGUCUGCUAUAGUGUCUGCAAUGUUGCAAUCCAUGGCUACUCCAUCCUCUUGGUUUUGUGGCCUAGUGUAUGUGUGUAAAGCUGACUCCGCACAGUGCCAUUUUGUGUUGAAGGUGUGAAUUAAUUUUGCACCUGAAGCUUCUCGGCAGAUUAAAACUGUGUGCCAGUUCGAGACUCGAACUCAGGACAUUUGACUUUUGCGUGCAAGUACUCUACCAACGGGAAUAUUACACCUUGUUGGACCGAUUUUGUCACCGUGGAAUGGGGAGCUUCCUGGAUGUGCCUUGUGCCUAUUAGCAUAUGCAUGUAAAGAGAGGAAAAAAUUAUGUCUUUUAAAUAUUUUUACAUUUAUUAAAAGAGCUACAAAAUUAA